AGAUCCAAGAUGGCGGCUGUGUAAUUUUUCGUGCGUCGGUUUGCAGAGUUUGUGAAAUUCCACGCGCUCCUUUAAUACAAUACAAUUUUUAACGCGACUUUCGGUAGCUGACAAAGAGCAAACCUUUCCACCCACUUCAUAAGAUUUUCAUAGCCGUCAGACACAAAUUCAGCAGCAUGGUGGACAAAAUUGAAAUGAGCCUCGACGACAUCAUCAAGUCGACUCGCUCGCAGAAAAAGCCGCAAAGCACUCGCGGAGGACCAGGAGGAGCCCGACGACCGGGCGGCCCGCAGCGUGGCGGUGCCCGACGUGGAGGCGCCAACGCCAGCGGAUCGCCCAGGAAGCCGACUCCAGCCAGUGGAGCCGGUGGAGUUCUUAAAGGCCGACGAGGUGGCGCUGUUGGCGGAGCCGUUCAGAAGGCCAAGUUCCCAAGGGGCGAUGUGAACAGCGCUUGGAAGCACGAUAUGUACGACGGACCGAAGCGGGGAGCCGUUGGUGGCGGAUCCGGGCCCACCCGUCUCAUUGUCGGCAACCUGGACUACGGAGUCUCCAACACUGACAUCAAGGAGCUCUUCAACGACUUCGGGCCGAUGAAGAAGGCGGCAGUGCACUACGACCGUUCCGGUCGCUCUUUGGGCACCGCUGACGUGAUAUUCGAACGCCGCGCCGACGCUAUGAAGGCGAUUAAACAGUACCAUGGCGUGCCUUUGGACGGACGCCCCAUGACCAUUCAGUUGGCCGUCUCAGACGUGGCCGCUUUGACCCGUCCCGUAGCCGCCACCGAUGUCAAGCGACGUGUGGGUGGUGGCGCAUCAGCUCCAUUCAAGCGUGGUGGUGGCCAAGCUGGCGGUUCUCCGCGUCGUGGCAGCUUUAAACGUCCGACCGGAGGCAAACCGGCCACUGGCGGCCAACGACGGGAGCGCAAGGCCCCACCCACUGCCGAGGAGCUGGACGCCGAACUGGACUCCUACAUCAACGACAUGAAGAUCUAAAUAGCCAAUAGUCUGAAUUAGUCUAACAGAGAAGUAAAAAAACACAAUCCCUAGUCUUAAGUCUACCAUAUGGACACUUUUCGCAUGGUACAUCAAAUCAAACGCAUCCGGAACGACAACGCCGCGCCAAGGUUUACUUUCAGAAGUGCAGACAUCAACAUUUAAAAAACAAUUUGCGCAUGUAUACAUUUAAUUGUUAACUGUAUCAAUUUGGCGGCUGUUGGGAUAAGUCGACUUAUUGAAAUACAUUUGAUGCUGUAUUUAUUAUUAAUAGUAAUACGCUUUAACAAAGUUCGACGAUGACUUAAUUCUGUAAACUGAAAUAAUUCUAAACUGAAGUGUAAUAAAUACUAGAAUUAAUUUCGUGACCAAA